AUUUUUUGGCGUAGUAAUUUAGACGUGGCACUUCCGUCAAAAUGGUUGACAACCCGAAAAUGAAAGUAUGUUGAAUAACCCACAAACCUUUCCAUAGCUGUAGGCCAAGUACAAUAGUAAACGAUAUAAGGGCUCCAACAAGGUGGAUAACCAAUAUUUGUGAUGGCUCGACUAGUGAGUGUGUGUGAAUCUGAUGAGGAAUUCGAAUUUCAGAGACGACAAGUUCCUCUUGAAGUGGAUAAUUUAAAGAUGGUAGUGCAAUUCAGUGACAAAUGUGUGGAUUGUGAAAAGCUGUGUGGGGUGAAACAGAAAGAUUUGGAGAUUUUCAUCAACAAGUUCAACAGUUUGUCGAAGGAUGAGGUUGCCAUUGCUUUGCUUGUGUCUGGGAAAGAUAUCAUGAGCUUGUUAUCUCAUAUGGUGCCUUGUGUUGGGUGUCGGAAAAGUGUGGAAAGAUUAUUUGUUCAACUCCAAAAGUCUCAGCACCCUGCAUUAGAGCCAUUAGUUAUCACGCCCAGAGGAGAGAUGUCUGUUCGUCAUGAGUAUUUAUUUGAUCCCAGAUCCCUCUUUUCCCUCUUUCAUGUUCAUGGAUCCAAACUCCACUCUGUUGUGGAGUCUAUACCAAAGAGCAAGAAAAACAAGAGGUGCAAUUUGCAUUCAUUGGAAACUCACAAGUCAAAGACCCUGGGAUGCUGGUUGGAAGCAUGGGAUGCGCUUUCAGACUCGUGCAGGGAAAAGGUUUUAGUGGUCGACAUGAACCGUUUGCUUACAAGUGUGGAGUCGUAUCUUGAAAAGCACAAGUUUUGCACUGAAUGUAAAUCUAAAGUGCUGCUGGCAUACAGCAUACUUGUGGGGGAUCACGACAGCUCUGUGGAGAAGGGAUACUGUGCUGCCUUGUACGAAAACUUGAGAUGCUGCGCUAAAGAACGCCAUGUUCACGUUCUCAAUGAUACUGAAUUCAUCGCUCACUUGCUGGAGAAAGCCGAGCCUGAAUUCCUUGGAGGAAAACGUGAUCGUCAUGCGAAAACGUUAGACAUAGCUCAAGAAGAAGUUUUGACGUGUUUAGGUAUUCAUAUAUUUGAAAGACUACAUCACAUCUGGCAGAAACUGAGAAGCGAAGAACAAACUUGGCUCAUCCUUUUCUACAUAGGAGUGGAUGCCCUUCGCAAAAGUUAUCAGGUUGCUUUGGAAGAAAAGCAGGGAGCUUCAAAUCUGGAACUGCUGUGUGAGGAACUUGAGGAGAAAGAGAAGAGGCAAGAGGAGAAGAAAGAAUUGAAGAGAUUGAAACGACGCCAGAAAAAAGCCAAGGCUCAAACACAAAUAUGCAAUAGUGUGAACAACAAUUCCUGCAGUAAUGGUGUUGGAUUAGAAGAGAUUCCAUGCAAGUGUUUGUCAGUUGAUAAUGACAACGCGGAAAAGAAUAACAACUUCCAUCAACAUCUGCGCGGAAACAGAGAGUCGUGCGGUGACGCCAACUUCAACUCUCUAACUCUGUCCUUUCAAAGCUGUGAUUUAUCUCUGAAGAACUGCCAGGGCUGUCUCGACGGAGGUUCAAGUAGUAGUAGGCAGAACAGAAGGGAUCGGUGGACUGACGAAGAUAGCUGUGAAAGCUGCAGUAUGCAAGGUUCAAAUGAGGGGUCAGAAGAGGGAGAAUGUUCAGGCUCUUUCACAGACAGUGUAGAUAGCUGUGACUGUGAUAUGCUGAGGAACUCUCCGAAGCGAACAAGAGGUCAACAGGGAUCCUUUGGUUGCAAUGGUUCUCAGUGUAACAAAUACCCAUUCCAAGCAGGUGAACAGCCAUCUCUGCAAGAUCUUUUGGAAGAACUUUGCUGGGAUGACGGUGGGGAUGAGGACCAGGGUAUUUCGGAGGAGGAGAUCUUGGCGUUCAAGGCAAAACAAGGGGAGGUAGAGAGUAAACGGCAGAAGCUUCGGCAGAAUUUACGCCAGCGGUUUGCCGAGUUCCACCUGUCCAGACAUGUCAACUCUAUGUAGCGUUCAUGCCGGUGGAUGGGUUAGGGGAAGUGGAGUGAGAAACUGUUUGUAUCAUGUUCAUGUUCUGUGUCACUAAUAGUGGAGUUGUUUGUGUCUUUCAUAAGGAGCUUUUUGUUGUUGUUUUUUUUAAAAAUAUAUCAGAGCCCCUUUUGAGCCUAUGAACUUGUGGAAGCUUGAUGUACUUGAUACUGGCUGCAACUUCAACUUGAAUGACUGAGUAAAUUCUUUCUUGUAUUGAUAUUGGGAUAGAUUUAAUAUCUUUUAUAAAAAAUAUAAAUUGUGUUUGGAAAUGUAGCUACCCUUGCUUUUCUAAAAGCUAGACUUAAUUUAGUUUCUCAUGAUAGAGUGAUCCACUGUUGUUGUUACUGAAAUGACAAAGAUUAUGGAGCUUGUAUUUCAAAAAGGAGGAAUAUACAUCUUUUAAAAAUUUGCUAAUUUGUGUCAUUUAUAACAGAUUUCUCUGUCCCUGAAUUUGGUCAAUCUAAUGAAAGAAACGGAAAAAAUAAACAAAUUUCAUUUUUAAGAGAA